UUUUCUUUGCCGAAUAAUGUGUUCGAGAACGCUGGAGACUCUGUUAGAUAAGCUAUACUACUCAUAUUUUAAUGUUAAAUUCACAGUGGACGUGGUGCGAGAUGACGUAAUACGGCGGGGAUAUGUUACGGAUGUUGCUGACGAUGGACUCAUUAUCGACUUCCAUAAUAAUGGCCCAUCGUCAAGGGAACUGGUUGAAUUCUCCUGCAUCCGCACAUUGCCAUCCAAAAAGUAUGACGCCGAACGUUACCUCCAGCCACUCCAAGUGAAUUCCAAGGUGGAGGUACUCGUUCGAGACGCGCUGGAUCAGCCUCUGACCUGGAGAACAGUCACCUUCAUGGCAGUGGUGCCUGAAGACGGUGACCGCCGAGCCGAGCACGAGGGUGGACAAUUUAUCGUGGUCCGACUGCAGUCCCGGAAUCCGUUCUCCUUGGCCGUUGUAAAUAAUGUAUUCCCGCCGACACUAGCCACUGAUAUACGUAUCCGUCAAACACGAUUUUGGCGAACCGUCACACCGAAGACUUUCUACAAAGUGACCGUGCCGUUGCUGCCGUACGCAGUAUGCAACAAAGGCGGUUGCACUUUUCCACGGUCUUCACUUCUGUAUUAUAUGAAGCUACUGGAUGUUAGUAUGAAGAUCGUAUGGCUGGAAAUGACGAGCACCCUUAUUAUAUCUGCAGACGAUGUCAGUGUCACCGUGCUUUGCCGCGUCAAAACUAAAAGACUGCCCAAGAAAUUUCAUCGAUUGGUUUAUCACUUAUACAACAAUUUUAUGGAGCGAUAUCUUGAAAAAGGCGGUACCACUCGAGUGGAUGCAUGGCUCACAAAAACGAUCCGAAAACUACUGUUUUUUCCCAAUUGGUUGGCAUCAAAAUCAAAAGUCGCGGGUGCCCUGAUUUUUAAAGGCAUAUCUCAGGAUCACGAGGCACUUCCAACAAUACAUCUACAUACCCUACCGGAUAUACUACUGCGGGAGACAUUACAAAACUUGGACAGAAUAACACAGACAGAUCUGAAACGAGUGUGUCGAAGAUGGUCAAGACUUCAGUCAAGCGUCACGGCAGAGAAGUGUGUAAUUCUGGAUGCUCCGACCGACCGUUCAGAUCACCCUAUAUACCUGGCGAGAGCACUGCUGAAGUACACCGCCAUAUCGACACGAAGUUUGAUACUGAAGCAGUUUCCUCCCAGCCACAGCUACACGGCCAUGCGAUUAAUAAAAGAGAUGCAGCUGCAGUUAGAGGUUUAUGUAUCUUACCGCUGUACAGUUACAGUAUACUGGCUCGAUAAUAUGUUGGACCUUUUUCACGAGCUAUGUUGGUAUCCCGCAGUCAAUAACCUCCACAUUUCCUGCAUCAUGAAAUCAAAAGCGCCGAGCAACUUACGUUAGAAAUAAUUAUGGCAACCCCGGACGAAAUAAAAUGGCUGCAGAACCUUCUGGGUGACGGCUGGACGUUCUGCUGCUCGACUACAACCAUGAAGGACUCAGUGAGGGGAAUUUCACAAGUGCUGGAUGCGCUAAAUCUCCGCUGUACUAUACACGGCAAGCUAUCCGAUGCCGUGGAAUGCCCGCAUUAUUCGCAGUGGGAAGGAGGGGAACGAUUGAAGAACGAUCUGGAACGCUGGCCUAUAAAUGCAGUAGCGUUCGACGCCUUAAAAAGGGGACUGGAAGAUUACUGUCCGCCGAUCAACACGAUUCCAUAUUGUCACGUACUGGGAUUCCAUUCAGAAAUUUUGAAAGUGUUAAUUCGGAAACCCCGUUUGGUUGGAGAGGAAUACUUCAGUUCAUGCGGCGUUCAGAGCUGGUUUCGAUUUACUGGCUGACUUUCUAAGUUUAUACCAGUCUUCCAGAUCACCACUGAAAAUUCGAUUGAUCAACGUCAAAUUUUACAGUAAAGACUGUAAAGCGUAUCAUUUUUACUCUUAGAAUUAUGGGUACAUGCGCAUGCAAUGAACGGGUUUAUUUUAUCGACAGUAGGCCCCACUGUCAAAGGACAUUUUUAACUCAAUAUGGAAAGAAUCAAAUCGCUUUAACCUGAAAUUGCAGU